CUUUCUUCUCCACCCUUUUUUUUCUGCAACUAACAUCAUGAAAGACCAUCCUUAUAACUCAAAUCUCUAUUCUCAUCAUCAACGGUUCAGAUUCAGCCAUACAAAUCAGACCUUCUUCUCAAACAAUUUCUUUACUUUUAAUUAUCAUGAAGCAGCUGGUCAAAUCCCUUUAUCUCCUCCUCUUAGAGAAGCACUUCCCCUCUUAAAUCUAAGCCCUAUGAGAAAUCAACAACACCAUCAAGAACAAGAACAAGAACAUGAACAAGAACAAGAACAAGAACAUCACUCAUCUGGUGUUACAGUUGCACUUCACAUAGGACUUCCAAACCCUAGUCCUGCAGACAUGGCAGCCAUUCUAUCAUCAUCUUCUUCUUCUUCUUCAACAACUACUACCACUUCUAGUAAUGAUCAGAAAACUGAUGGAGAUAAGAUUGAAGGUGAACAUAUGAACAGAUCAUUGAACAAAGGACAGUAUUGGAUUCCAUCCCCUUCUCAGAUUCUCAUUGGACCAACUCAGUUUUCUUGCCCUGUUUGUUUCAAGACAUUCAACAGAUACAAUAACAUGCAGAUGCAUAUGUGGGGGCAUGGAUCACAAUAUAGAAAAGGACCAGAAUCAUUAAGGGGAACUCAACCAACUGGGAUGCUAAGACUUCCUUGUUACUGUUGUGCACCCGGGUGUAGAAACAACAUCGAUCAUCCGAGAUCUAAGCCGUUGAAAGAUUUCAGAACUCUUCAAACACAUUACAAGAGGAAGCAUGGGAUUAAACCUUUUAGUUGUAGGAAAUGUGGUAAAGCUUUUGCUGUUAGAGGAGAUUGGAGGACACAUGAGAAGAAUUGUGGAAAGCUUUGGUAUUGUAUUUGUGGUUCUGAUUUUAAACAUAAAAGGUCUCUUAAAGAUCAUAUUAAAGCUUUUGGUCAUGGACAUGGAGCUUUUGGUGUAGAUCGAUUUGAAGAAGAAGAGGAAGAAGAAGAAGAUGGUGGUGAAGAUCAUGAUGAUGAUGAUGAAGAAUAAUAAAAACAAAAAAUGGGUAGUAGGGUACUUUAUAAUAUAUAUAUUAUAAUUUAUAUUCCAAAAUGAACUUAUCUCUUUUACAUGAUUAUUAUUAUUAUUAUUCUCUAUGUUUCUUUAUAGACCUUUUAAUGAUAUAAUGAAGGAUUCAACUAGCUAGCUAGUUAUAUGUAUUUAUUUUAUAGAGCAUAAUUUCUUGGC